AUGUCAGAUGCCCAUGUUGUUCACUUUGCCUGCCAUGGGUCUGCUGAUUUAGCGAUUCCCUCACAAAGCGGCUUGGUUCUUUUGGAGGAUGAUGAGGAGUCCGCAGAAGGGGGAGGCGGAACCGAAAAGCUGACGAUCAGUCGUAUAAGCAAUGCAAACAUCCGCCAAGGCUUCGUCGCCUACCUCUCUGCCUGCUCCACCGCCGAGAUCAACACGGAGAUGCUGGUGGAUGAGGUCCUCCACGUGGCCGCCGGCUUCCAGGCAGCCGGGUUCCGUCACGUCCUGGCAUCGCUGUGGCCCGUCAGGGACGAUGUCAGUGUUGCCGCGGCUCGGGCCUUCUACUCCUACCUUGUCACACACCUAGCUGAGGAUGCUGAUCAAGAUGAUGUUGUGGCGCGAGCGGCUCACUACGCAACGGCUGAGUUGCGCAACACUCGAAAGUUCAAGAAGCAACCGCUACACUGGGUCAAUUUUGUGCACUUUGGGGUUUGA